AACUCAAGUCUCGGUAGUAUAACUCUUGGGUACACUAAAUGACUACCACGCUAAAAUAGAAACAGGAUUUAAUAUAUAAUAUAGCCCUGUAUUUGUAAACAUGUCAAACUCAGUUGUUUCAGAAGGAGACUAUGUAGUUUUCAAGCGGGACGGAGCAACAAGAGUAUUUCAGAUGAAAAAAAAUCGGUAAUUUAUUUUAACGCAGUAUCAGUAAGCCUAUAUAAGCCAGGCAUGUCAUAUAUCUGUUUUUACUUUAAAAUAAUAAAUAAAAAAGUUACAAAGUUGAAAGGACAAUCCUAUCUCAUAAUUUUAAAUUGUCACCACAGUUCCCCACACACACUUUACUACUACUUGUCACUACAAUCAAUGAUGAUUCAGUUAGAAUAAGUCAUAAUCAAAGAAAACAAUAAUGACUGAAUAGCCUACUUUUAACUACUUCUACUAAUACUAAUACUAAAGUCAAAGUAAAGAAGCUGAAAAAGUUGAAAUUUUAAGCCUACUAAAAUUAAAAAGUCUGUCCUUUUAGACUAAGAUAAGCUAACCAGACUUUAUGGAUGCCAAGUGCAGACACAAAUGGUCUCUACCAGAACCAUACUGGUGGGGGGUGUUGUUCUUUACUUUUUUUGCCCCCCCCCCUUUUCCAAACUCGUACAAACAAGAAACUUUUAGCCCCCAUCCCCAUACAAAGAUCAAAGAAAUCAAAUAGAUUAAUAGAUAAGUGUGAGGUCACAGGAAUAAAAAAAAAAUGUGUUGCGGGUUUAUACCGCCGACAGUUUGGCUAGCCCAUUGGUCCCCAUAAUAUGCGUCACUCUGGAAAUCAAAUUACUGCACCUGUGUCAGAUACAUUUCACCAGAACAGUAGUUUUCAAACUGGGAUAAAAGCCCUUUGAUGCGGAAGUUCAGAAAAUUGUGUGUGCUGCCAUUGCUAGUUGUUGCUGCUGUUUAAAAAAAUCAGGGUAAAUUUGGAGAGAUAGCACUGUGGCCGCCAUCUUGGUUGGAGUGACCCGCGAACUUAUGUCCUAAAUCUAUCCUUAAACCUAACCUGAACCCUAAAUCUAUCCUUAAACCUAACCUGAAUCCUAAACAUCCCUAACCUGGGUUACCUGGAUUUUACCCUAUUGGAACCAGGGUUUUGACCCUAUCAGCCUAUCAGAGCCAGAGUUUUGACCCUAUCGGAACCAGGGACAAAACACGCAAAUGAUGUCGGGGUGCUAUCUCUCUAAAUUAGCCAAAAUCAGUUUUUAUGCACUUUGAUUAGCAGCAAUAAAUGUUUUUCUGGUAAAUUUUGUUUGCACAUUACUUGUAUUGGUAAUAUUUUUCCUAGUUUAUUGUCACGAGCUCUUUCACGCUACGUAAUGCUUGGGUCUAAAUUCUACCCUUUUUCUGACACACCUUGUUUGUACAAAACAAGGAAACACAAUAAACAUACAAUAAACAAAGAAGUCUUCAAUUAACUUAAAAUAGCCAAGACUAAUUUAUUAUCUAAAACGUAUAAGUAACUGACAUGAAACAAACUAUGCAUAUACCAUAACAUAUGAUGAAUGUAAUAGUUAAGUAUAUUAACAGAUACACUAAGACGCUUAUAAUGGUUGUCCUUUAACUUCAGUCACUCAAAGCACAUCUGCGGACUACGACUGCACGAUACAGGCACUUUAGUUUAUGACUCCCUCGACACGCUACUGACUCUAAUGGUGGUGUCUAGUGGGACUGUCUUCCAUCUAGCAUCUGUAUGGAACUAUGGACAUUCGUCUCACUGCCAAGUGCUUGAGAUGGUCGGUCUGCUAGCAUCUACUCUCACGAUAAUAUAAAGGGCGACUAUUCCUGAAAUAUAUGAAUAAAUCCCCUACACCAUGUGAUCAAUCCUAACUUCCAACUAGAUACUCACCGUCGUCUUCUAAACUACUACCGUCUACCUAACGUAACUCUCGAUCACACAAACCACCCUACAGCUUCUUUAAUCACACACCUUACAUACACUUACCUCUCUCUAAUGUUCUUCAAAGUGUGGUCAGUGGUGUCUACCAAACGUUGUCGAUAUAUAUAUGCCUAACCACUUUAUGUGGAUGGUAACUCUGACAGUCCUCUACUUCUACCGACGGAGCUCUCCCUGACUGUCCGCUACCCUGUCUGGCUGUGUUCUCGCCCAGUCCUGUCCAACGGUCCCUAUUUAUAAUUCCUGAGCCCAUGGAGGUUCCCUCCCAUGUCUGUAAUCUGACUCCCAAAUCUUCGCGUACUUAAAUUUGCAAACAAUUGAAAUGGUCCUAAACCCCCCUAGCGCAACAGUCGUUCCAGGGAAAUCUGAUAAGCUAGCUCCUGGUCAGAUGGCUGGUAACCCGGCUGACACGCCGGCCUUUUUAGUCGGUCGGUACCCCCAACCCUGUGGCAUCCAGGUCUGAACCCUCCACCAUGCAUGGUAUUUAAUUAUUCCCCCUUACCCUUGUCCCUCUCUCUAACUCACUAUGGCUGACCUUGGCUUAAUAGUCACUCUGUGACAUUUAUAAAAAGUUAAUCAAAGAAAUAAAAUUAUGAUUAACUAAAUUAUUAAUUAUUUUUUAAUUUUAUUACAAUAUGAUUUAUACGGUUUGGAGGGGGUUGUAUAAAACGGAGUGGGCCUGCAGUGCUGCAAUUCAUUGGUAGUCCUAAUUCUAUGACAUUAAAAUAAAAUACAUUUAUGAAAUAAAGAACAGCGUGUAACCAAAACAACAAAAACAAAUGUAUAUUCACCCACCCCAGAACUUUUACAUGGCAAACCAUGGACGGCAGCCAGCAGGAUUGUUUAUCGGUCAGAGGAGGGGAAUCAGUCAUGGUAGUAUAGUUUAAAGAAAUGUGUUUUGAGUGCAGUUUUGAAGGCCUGGGGGUUUGGUAUAUUGCGGAUGUAAAGUGGUAAGUGGCAAAGAAUUCCACUGUUUGGGGGCGCAGAAAGAGAAAGAUUGUUCACCAUAAGUUUUAGUGUGUGUCUUGGGAACGGACAGAAUUUCCCCUCUGCCUCGUCACACAUCGUCACAAAAAUGUGCCCCUCUCCCCCUAGACUCUUGACAUAAAUUUAUGGAAAGGCCCUAACUUAAAAUAAUUGACAUACUAUUUUUUGGUCAUAUUCAGUUUGGACUAUAUAUCUUAUAUGUAUAUAUAUAUAUAAAUUUAGAGAGAGAGAGAGAAAAUGGUAAAAUAAAAAGAUAAAUCGUCAAUUUCAACUAAAUGAAUCAAUUAAUCCAAGUAAUACAUUUUUAUAUUACUUAUAAAUGUUAAACAGUUCAAUAGGCCCUAAUAACAAAAUAUUUCAUUUGAUUGAUUUGAAUCUAUUUUUGUUAUCAGACAGGUGUUCUUUGAAAAGGCUAAACUUAGUGUUGAUGAACUGAUUGGACAGCCAUUUGGAUCAACAUUUGAGUUUGAAAGAGGAAAAAUUAUUAAGGUGGAGUCAAGCAGGGCUACAGAGCUACAGAUUGGAGGAGGUUAUAAUUACAUUAGACAUAACUACAUUUACUAUGAAAUCAUCUUGUAAAAUAUCAGCUGUAGGCUGUACUAAAGUUUAACUUUUUGUUCACCUUUGUCAAUUUUUUAUCCCCAUUAAAAAUUAUUUGUUUUUACAAUCAAGUGACGUCAAGUGAUACUGUUUUUUAUGUUACGAUUUGCUUUAUUGCAACUGACUAUGUUUCUUAUUAUGAUUGGCCUUAGUUCAACUGACUAUGUUUUUUUUUUAUGAUCCUGGAUAAAUGGCCUUACUCCAAAUUAUCCUGGAUAAAUGGAACCAGUGGUGAAAGUGUGAGAUAAAUGUUUUGCUGGAAUGGAAGUGUGGAAAAGUGGCAUAAAACAAUGGAUAUGAGGAAAGAUUUUAAUCUAGUCCGGUGUGCUUUACACAAAUACAAUUUUUUGAGGAUAUAAAAUUACUUUCACCUUCUGAAUGCAACAUAAUACACAUUAUAUGUUUUAUCUGUCUCAGUGCAAAGAUAAUUUUUUUCUGACUACCGGUACGUAAGAUACCUUGGAAACUUGACACAAUAAAAUGUUAGCUCUUGUCAGGUUUUUUUUUUUAAAUACAAAAGCAUUUGUUUUUUUUUAACUUUAUUGUUCUGUUUUAAAGAUAGAAACAAAAUAAGAUUUUAUCAGUCACCAGGAAAAUAUGCCAAUAAAGUAGAUGAUUUACAUCACAUUGAUUAAUAAGUUACUGGAAAUGUUUUUUUCGACGUGAAAUGUAUCUAAUUUCAUUUAUACUCUUCAGCCGAGGUCACAGGAGCAGACAACCGCAAUCUGCUGGAUGCUGAUUCCAACCAAAAGAUGUCACUGGAUGACAUAAUGAAAAUGAAGGAAGAUGGAGUGAGAGGAGAGGUAACUAUUGCACUUACUACAGUAAAGUUCUAUUCAGUGGUAGUGAAUGAUCUUAUACUGUGUGAAAUGCUGUUCACAUAAUUACAAGAAAAGCGGUACGCAGAUCGCAUGCAAUAUACUUUUUAUGGAUAAAAAUUAAUUUUAUCUGAUUAGGUUACAGCUUAUGAUUUAGGGAAGGUCACCUUUCAUUUUUUAAGUAGCAUAUUUUAAUAAAACAAGCACUACCUUAUAAAAACUAACAGUCUGUUACAAAUAUUUGCAAUUUUUAUUCUCAGAAAAUAAUUGAAGUACUGAUAGAAAACAGUGAAACUUUUAAAACAAAGACACAGUUCUCACAAGCCAAGUAUCUCAAGAAAAAAAAGCAAAAGUAAGCAUUUCAUUCUUUUAAUUUAUUGUUAAUAUGUAGUUAUGUCCAGGCACGAAUUGGCAGUGCUCAACUAUUCAAAAGAUAGCAUAUAAUUAGAAGUUUAAAAUGCAGCAUAAAUUAGGGCAAAGAUUUGUUUAGAUCAUUAAUGCAAGCAUGUCUGAGGAAGACAAAAAAAACACCCCAAAGACAAAGAAUCAAGAAUGAAAGAAAUAUAAAAGUGAGAACAAGAAAGGAGAAUUAAGCUGUGUAAAUGUUAGCUUUGGCACCUGUGUAAUCUUCAUCUUGAGAACUGAGUUGAGGUGUUGUUUUUGUAAACAAACCCACCCUCCAGAUAAGUAUCCUGCUUUACUCUAUUUAAACAUUGCACCCUAUAAUAUUCUCUACAGGCAUAUUCUCAGGUUCAAACUGUUGAGACCAACUACAAGACUUGUUGUGGAGAUAUUUUCUAAAGAACCAAAUAAGAUAUGGUAGGAAUUUUAUUCUAGAAUCAAAUAAUACACUUGUUCACUAAAAAUUAAAAAAAAAAUUAGUUUUCUAAUUAAUUUUAUGUUACAAAUAACAAAGAUCUUAAGCUUAUAUUAUUUAGCAUUUAAUCAACCUUGACACUGUUAACUAUUAAAAUCCUUGGCCAGUCCACAGUGAAGACAGAAAAUCUGGCAAAGGGUGUUUUUUUUUGAUGCUAUGAAAACUAUUUUUAACCAAACAAAAAUAACUUUAGUCUGAGACAUUCUAACUUAACACUGUAUUCUGUCAUUUCACAUAAAAUUGUUGAUGUUUAUUAAUUACAAUGUUUUCUCUCACUAGCAAUAUGAGACCAGACACUUUGUCCCAGUUAUUAAGCUACAGUAACGUUAGGUGGGGUAGCCAUGUUGGUGUUGUUGAAACGUGUCAGGGACUCGUCCUUGCUGCGUUGCUAGAAAGAAUGGGAGGUAACUCAAUUUUAAAACUUUUUAUAAAUAUUAAUAGUUAUAUAUACUAUACAGAUUAUGUCAUUGGAUGGUUGGCUUGGGGUGGCAUACCAAUUACAUAUUGAUGUGCUCAGUUCAUCAAAAUUUAAAUAAAAUGAAUACAAGUAUGGAGUAUGUAGAAUCAAAAUAUUUAUAUAUACUGAAUGCUACUAGAACAAGGAUUAUGAAACUUGGAUUUUGUGUGCCAAAUAGUAUUUUUUAAAUCACAGUCUCCUACAUGGCUUUUUACCCAUACUGGUCAAAUCAAUGUAAAUGAUUUAGAGAUAAAUUUAAUCUAUAAUCAAUACAUUUAAUUUUCUAGGUAUGAAAGGAAGUAUGGUCUAAUGGUGAGUUCAAAAGCGUUCAAAAUAAAAUUACAAUAAUAACUGCGCCAACUGAGAUUCUUACAAAUACUGAAAGUGCGUUUGGUGCGUAAUAUUUUUUUUUGUUUUAUGGAAAUAGUCUCAAUUUAAACAGGUGUAAUAAAUCUGCUGUAUAAAAGGGGGUGGGACAUUGGAAUAUUAAUUUAGUUCGGGGGCAAGGGCGUACCUGGAGGUGUGGGUAGCACUAUUUGAGAAUCUUAUAAAGUGAGUUACUUGAAUGCAUUUUUUGUCAUGUAACUUUAGUAGAUGGAAAGUGCACUCAUUGUAGCCGCCAUUGUUUGAUGAGCAAUAACUAGUCAUUUUAUAAAUUACAAUAAGACAUCCAUUAUCUUGACUUAACCCCCAUCCUGAUUAUUGACUGGUAUCUUCACUUCAGUAAAUUAGAUAUAAAAAUAUCAAUUUAGCUUACAAUAACUAUUUUAUUGGAAAACUAGAAAGAAACAAAAGAAAAAAACUACCCGAGUCAAAACCUACAAAAUAUGCCCACAGCACUAUAUUUCAAACCAAUAAACUAUUGUACAUGUAAUUAUUAAGCGAAAAAGUCUGUCACGGUUUUUAUUUGAAUAAGAUUUGUGCUUCGUUUUCUUUUUGGCAACCACGUUUUUAAUCGGUGUCGUAAAUGUUGAGGUGACUUGUAAAAAGAUACUCGCAUUACGGCACCUAAAAAUAAACAUGGUUUUAAAAUUUGUUCAUGCUUAAGCUUUUAAAAUUUGUUCAUGUUUAAGCUUGGAAUGGGUUCACUUUAAAUCACGUCACAAUAUUUUUCUUUAGGGCAAUCCAUAUUAUUGGCACACUGGAUUACCAACGUGAUACUGUAUUUAUAUAACUUAUAGAUAUAUUUAAAGUCAUGUUACAGACAAAUUAAUUUAUCUUUCCUCACCCUCACAAAAGUGUCUUUCAUUUGUGUGAACUAUUUCAGGUCAAGGGAAACUAAUUCACUUCAUUCCAAACACCAAUGACACAAUGUGCCGGUGAGUACAUGGAGACAUAUAAUGGUUAAACAACAAAAUUUAUAUUUUUUUCAUUAAUGCAACCUUUAACUGAUUCUACAUUGAUAAUGCCAUUAGUGGAGAAUUCUAUCUUUGCUGUAAAUAAUAAUUAAAUGCUACAAUCUUUACUUAGAAAAUAUAGUGAUUAAAUGCUGAUAAAAUAUUCAUUUGCUGUAAAGAUUUAAUGCAAUUAUUAAACUUAAGACAAAUGUCAGUAGCUGGAGAAGAAAGUAACCGAACUGAUUGCUUUUCAGAUUAGUUUAUUUCAAUGUUUCUUUUAAAAAAAUCUCUUUCUCAAUUACAGUCAAGUGAUGGACUAUUUCAACUUCCCUAAAGACCAUCUUUCAAAUUUCUACUAUCUUCCAAUAACUGCAUUGUCAAACCUACAAGAAACUGAAGUAAAAAGACAAACACAAGAAUUGGGUUUAGACAGUUUAAUACCAGCUACAACAGAUGAAGAUUUUUCAGAUUCUAAUGUUAAACAGGAGUGUAAACCUAAUCAAUCAUUAGAAUUACCAGCUGAUGAGGAGGUCCUGGAAGGUGAACAUCAAUCUUUAAAGGAAUUGACUGAUACAAAACUUGUGGGUGAUGAAAAAAAAAAUGGUGCAGAUGUUGAAAUGUUAGAUAGCACAGUGUCACAAGCAUUAAAUACUAAACGAGAGGUAUGUAAAUUUAAUGUAUGUUAGAUUGAAUUAUGAAUUGUUAUGGCUUUUUACUCGUUUCAUCCACGUCCUCGUAUACUAUUUAACAUACUUACCUAUUUCGAAACUUGUAAUGCAUGUUCUGAACAUUAACUCUUGACAUAUCUACAGAUGGAGGCAGCCAGAGACAUCAAAAGACAACAAAGAGCUGAACGAUUGAAAGUAGCGUCUAUGAUCAUUAAAGAGAAAAAACUAGACAGGUGGAGUUCAGUUUAUUGUUAUACAUUUUAUAUCAAUCAACUGUUAUGAAAGAAGGCCAUAAGGCUCUUUAGCCUUGAUUUUUGAUAUAUAUUUAAGUUCAACAAUUUUUAACUGGUGAGUUUAAACACACCAGUAAGUGUUUUUAUGAUGUUUUUGCUAUUGCACACAUAGAAUGGGACCAAUAAUCCGUAACAUUUACAAUGAUGAAAAAGCAGAUAUUUUUAAUUCUUCAAUGGUGUGUUGUAGAAUUUCAGUACUGUAAUUACUUUUAAUGUGUCUCAAGUCAAAAAGGUUUAAAACCAUUACUUAAAUGGAUUAACUUUAUUAUGCCCCAAUAUAAUGCAUUAACUUGUGUCUUCAUAAAUUCUUUCAGUCUGGUCAUUGCCUGCAAAUAUAAUCCAACACCAAUAUUGAUGAAGCUCUUAGACUUUGUGCCGCCAUCUCGGCCUGUGGUUGUUUACUGUCAGUUUAUAGAGGUGCUACUAAAUAAUCUUACAUCUUAAACUAGCUAAAAAAAAUAACCAGUAAUUUCCUUUUUAUUAGUAACCGUGCCAGUACUGAGAUAAAUUUUAUUUGCUUUGAAUAUUGUAAGCUAGGGGUAUAUAACUGGGAAAUAUAUUUGAAUAUUUGUUGUAAUGAAGUAGCUUCCCUUGAUUUUAAUUAUCUAAUAACCUUUGACCUAGAAAUAAUAUAAUCGUUUUGACAUGAAAGAAUUUUGUUUAUUUGAUUUUCUUUAUUUUCGCUUUAAACUUUCAGCCUUUGGUGGAAUGCUACUCUGUGAUAAAAGAAAAACAAAUUGGCCUGCAACUGAAAUUAUCAGAAACAUGGUUCAGAGAGUACCAGGUAAUGAAAUAAGGCGGAGAGAAAUGAAAAAAAAAAUGAACAAAAGAUGUCAUUAGAUGACAGUCAGUCUUAAAUUAGUUAGUUGAACAUUCUUUUAAUCUUCAUUUGUUGCUAAAUGACAAGAGUUAUAAAUUGAGCAUGACUUCACAAGUUCUUGAGAAGUUUAUUUGCCAACUUAGAUCAUGAAGGAAUCAAACAAGCCAUUUAAAAAGGGUUAUGGCAGAGAAUGUGUAAAAAUGUGAAAAUGUUCAACUUCAAUUAUUAUAAUUAAAAGUUAUUCUGUAUAUGUAUCCUAUUUUUUUAUAAUGGCAAUUGAAUUUCAAUCAUUUUUAUGCUCGAUAAAUUGUCGAAUUUGAGGGUUUACCUAAAAAGAGGUUUAGGCAGAAAUGGGCUUACUAAAAAAUGAAGCAUUUGAUUAACCUAAAGUAGUUAAUUAUUUUAGGAAACUAGCCAAUGUACCCGGUGUUAGCCCAUACAGCAUUUAGAAAAAAGCUUUUAUCAAUUAAAAUAAAAUAUGAUCUCUGAUACUCUAGUGGGAUCCCAUUCCCCACUGGGAUUGAGUUCCCUAGGUGAUCCAGUUCUAUGAGGCACACUUCAAGUCAACUUUGGCCAAAUCGAUCUAUACAUGUUGAAGUGUAUACUGUAUUCUAAACCUUUAACUAUAACCCUUUUUCAUUUACGUUAAAAGAGGGGCCCAGGUGGGUGCCCAUUCCAUAAGAUGCCACUUUAGUUAUAUAUAUAUUUUUGAUAGACUGUAACUAAUAGAAUUCAGUUAUAUAUUUAUGUUCUAUUUUGAUGAGAUUUGUAAAUAAAGUUAAAUAAUUAAAUUUAUGUCAUAAAAUAUUAUUGUUUAUUAAAAGAAACCGAAAAUGAAAUGAGCUGGUUUUUAUGGUCCAACAGGUGCUCCCCCAACAGACUCGUCCGUCAAUCAACAUGAGUGGCACAGGUGGUUACCUUCUCACAUUUAUGACAACACAACCGUGUCCGCCAUAACCAGCAAACAUUAUUUAUGAUAUGGGACGUAAUGUCAUUGAUUCUUCACAAUUUUUUUUAUUUUAUGUAUGUUACUAAUGUUACAUUGUCAUUUGUAAAAUAAAACAGCUGAAGUUAUCGACUUUU